UUGGGUUGGGCCUUAGUAAGUCGUAAAUUUCUCAUUUCAUCACCUACAUCUUUUUAAACCCUACAUCCUUCUUUCAUCUCCUACCAUAGUAUACCUGCACAAUACUGUGAAACCUAAAACUGCGAAGUAAAAUUAGUCGGAAAUGGGUCAAUUCAGGUUUCACCAAUACCAAGUGGUGGGAAGAGCUUUGCCAACAGAAUCUGAUGCGCAUCCCAAGAUCUAUCGCAUGAAGCUCUGGGCCACAAAUGAUGUUCGUGCCAAAUCCAAAUUUUGGUAUUUUCUGAGGAAGUUGAAGAAGGUGAAGAAAAGUGUUGGUCAAGUUCUUGCCAUUAACGAGAUCUAUGAGAAGAACCCUACUCUGAUCAAGAACUAUGGAAUAUGGUUGCGGUACCAGAGUAGAACUGGUUACCACAACAUGUACAAGGAGUUUCGUGACACCACAUUGAACGGUGCUGUGGAGCAAAUGUACACUGAGAUGGCUUCUCGUCACAGAGUGCGGGCUCCAUGCAUCCAGAUUAUUAAGACGGCUACUGUUCCUGAUGAACUUUGUAAGAGGGAGAACACCAAACAGUUUCACGCCAAGGAUAUUAAGUUCCCAUUGGUUUUCAAGAAGGUUAGACCACCAAGUAGGAAGCUCAAGACAACUUACAAAGCAUCAAAGCCUAACCUGUUCAUGUAAGGGUUGACUUGAGUUUAACGCUCGUUUUUUUACUAAGAACAAAUUGAGUUGCAUUUUCUAGUUUCACUAGUUAAGGUAUCUUGAGGUAUAUGAUAUGUAUUUGCUCAUAGACAGAUUAUGCAUAUUGUUAAUCCAAAACUAGUUCUUUCUUAUCAUGUUCCUUUGAUCAUCUUGAAUAUGAAGACACUUUUUUCGA